GCUACAGUACAGAGUCACUUCAUGCCAGCAGCUGACAGUAGCUCUAACUUUAAUCAUUUCAUUUUUUGCCGAGGCUAGCAAACAAACUACAGUCAGUUAGUUAGUUUUAAGAUUGUUAAGAUCUCUCUCUAAUACGAUUAAAUAUUAUAGACGUUACGGCGCGUCAAAUAAAUUACUUAUUGUUGGUCAGUUGAAAGUUUUAAAGGGGCUUAGCUUAUAUUAGCAUAGCAUCGGCUAACAGCUGGGUGUAUGUGUGCGCAGUUAGCCUGUAGCCGAACUACUUUGUCAAGAACCAUCCCGCACUGCAUUUCGAUCCGAUUUGUGUGAAGAGUGGAUAAUCGCUCUGCCAAGUCAAAUGUUAAAGAUUUACUGAACGGUGGACAAUGGAACAGGACAGCAACUCAGAGGAUGACUCCGUUGGCCCAGCAGAAGAUGAUGCACAGCCUCCAUUUCCUCUCGGACUCUCGGACUCAGAAGCAGUGGAAGUAUUGUGGCAAGUGCGUACCCAGCGGCGGCAGACGGAGCCUGAUCUGCCGGACACUGUGACCCGUCUCACCACACCUGAGGGCAGUAUUGUGUACCUGGUUGGCACCGCCCACUUCAGCGACAGCAGCAAGAAGGAUGUUGCCACUACGAUCCGAGCAGUCCAGCCAGAUGUGGUGGUGGUGGAGUUAUGCCAGUACAGAGUAUCCAUGCUUAAGAUGGAUGAGAAAACGCUGCUAAAAGAGGCUAAAGACAUUAACUUGGAGAAGGUCCAGCAAGCCAUUAAACAGAAUGGAGUGAUGUCUGGCCUCAUGCAGAUCUUGCUGCUCAAAGUCUCGGCUCACAUUACAGAACAGCUGGGCAUGGCCCCCGGAGGAGAGUUUAGAGAAGCCUUUAAGGAGGCAGGAAAAGUGCCCUUCUGUAAAUUUCAUCUUGGGGAUCGGCCCAUUCCAGUAACCUUUAAGCGUGCAAUAGCUGCUCUCAGCCUGUGGCAGAAAGCUCGUCUGGCCUGGGGACUGUGCUUCCUCUCUGACCCCAUCAGCAAGGAGGAUGUAGAGAAGUGCAAACAAAAGGAUCUUCUGGAGCAGACCAUGUCAGAGAUGAUCGGCGAGUUUCCAGCCCUCCACCGCACUAUUGUUGCAGAACGAGACAUCUACCUCACACACACACUUAGACAAGCAGCGCGCUGUGUGGAGGCGCCCCCU